GCGGGGCCGGGGCCGGGGCGGUGCGAGGACGGCGCAGGAGCGGCUGAGAGAGUCAGAAAAAUGAAGCAAAUGUGGAGCUUCAGCAGAAAAAUUACCUUGGAUUCCCCUUAAGUGACAUGUCCUCUGAUGCCCUUUUUCUCAGUGUCUGGGGGUAGAAGUCAGCCCUGAAAUGUGGUGGUUCCAGCAAGGCCUCUCGUUCCUGCCCGUGGCACUGGUUGUGUGGUCAGCAGCAUCAUUUGUGUUUUCGUACAUUACUGCAAUUGUCCUACACCACGUUGACCCUUUGGUGCCCUACAUCAGUGAUACAGGGACAAUACCACCUGAAAGAUGCUUAUUUGGGAUCAUGUUAAAUGUUUCAACCUUCUUGGGGAUGGCCACCAUGUACGUGCGAUACAAGCAGGUGUCUGCCCUGAGCCCAGAGAAACCCAAGAUCCUCAGGCUGAAUAAGCUGGGCCUCAGGCUGGGAUGGAUGAGCUGCUUUGGACUCUGCAUUAUUGCCAAUUUCCAGAAAUGCAUCCUGUACUACAUCCAUGUGCUGGGAGCCUGCCUGACCUUCGGGGUGGGGUCCAUUUACAUGCUGGUUCAGACCAUCCUGUCCUAUCUGAUGCAGCCAGAACUUCAUAGCAAAGACAUCUUCUGGGCCCGCCUGGCCGUGUUCCUGUGGAGCUGUUCCAGCAUCCUGAGCAUGUUUGUGUCCUCGGUUGUGUUGUACAGUGGCCUGUAUGGACAGAACCUGGUGCAGAAGCUGCACUGGGACCCCCAGGAAAGAGGCUAUACCCCCCACAUGAUCAGCACCGUCUCCGAGUGGUCGCUGGCAUUUUCCUUCCUCAGCUUCUUCCUCACCUACAUCCGUGACUUCCAGAAAAUCUCCCUGCAAGCUGCGGUCACCCUGCAAGGCCAGACCCUGCACAAGAGCCCAGGGAGCUUCAGGGCAGAGGAGCAGGCAUUGCUCAUAGCAGGGAGCAUCUGAUGGAUGGAGAGAACUCAGGAAUUGAAUAGCAAUAACAGCUGUUAUUUCUAAACAUUGAUUUUAUAUUAAAAAAUUUAUGAAGUGAUUGUCUUGUAUUUGACAUCAAGGGCUUUGCUAUUAACCCACAGCAAUGCAAAUGUUAAUAGUACUGUAAAUGAGUCUGUGACAUUUCUACAUUUUCCAAUGUCAUGAAGGAUUAAAUGAAGGUUAUUCAUGU